AUGGACAGUAAUUUCGCGAACCUGAGCGAAGAGUUCGAGCAGAUUUACCUUGAGCCCCAGAGUCUGACCUCUUUCCGCCUCUUCGACCUACCGCCAGAACUUUGGCUCCGCAUCUGCGAGGUAGCAGUCAUCUCACCCGUACCGGUCAAUGUCACACGAGUUCCAUUCCAGCAGCAGCAGGCGCAGCGCGUGCAACAGCCAGCCAUCACGCGAACUUGUCGGUUACUCCGGCAGGAGGCUCUUCCAAUGUUCUACAAGAACAACACGUUCGAAGCCUGGCACUUCUGUCAGCCGUGGACGUGCCCACGGCAAUGGCUUUUAGCAAUUGGCAGAGGGAAUCUGCUUCAGAUGGGAAGGUUGAAGAUCUAUACCCAGAAUGACAAGGAGUUCUGGCAAGGCUGCUUCGAGCGUGCAGGUCUCAAGGAUGUAGAGAUCCGAGAAGUGGAAGGCGCAGAGGUCGAGGAGCCAUGUCCGGCGCACAAGAACCAUUUGACACUCGACACGGUGCUUGUGACUUUUCGUUAG